UAUAGUGAAGUUGAUCACUCACAAAAAGCAAAAGUCGUUACACAAAUCCCCUCUUCUCCUACCAACCCUGUUGUCUAGUCUAGGAAUUCUCACUUUCCUCCAUGUCCUCCUCGUCCACUUCCUCCUCACUUCCAGACCUUCCUCCACUUCCACAACUACCACACAACCUUCGCAAAUCAUUCAAACUUCUCAAAACUCAUGCUGCUGCUGUUGCCAAUUUCACUCUCCAAUGGCAGGACCUAGAGGACCACUUCCAUUCCAUUCACAAUUCAAUCCAAUCAAAACUCCAAGAAUUCCAAUCCCAGCAAAAAACCCAUUUGGAUUCUAAAGAAACCAUUUUGAUUCCAACCCAUGAAUCACAAGUCAAUUCCAAAGAAACCCAAUUGAGUCCAGCUCUUGAAUCCCAAGAAAAAUCUGAGGAAACCCAAUUCUCAAACCAACAAGACCAAGCGGAUUCUGAGGGAACUCUGCCUGAAAACAAUGGGAAUUCUUAUGAGAUUCCAAUAAAUGAAGGUUGGAAGGCAGUGUUGUUGUAUUUGAAUGAUCAUUCGAAAGAGCAUGAAUCUAUGCACAAUGAUUUAUAUAAUGCGCUUAAGGAUUAUGUGGAUCCUGGGAAGCUAGUGUUUGAGGCAGUGAAAUGGAUUCACUCACAGGAAUUGGAGAAGGGGAAUACAGAUAAAGAAAUUCGUGUUUCAAGGUGGAGUUGUGCGCUUUUGUUGGAGGAGUUGCUGAGAGUUAAACCAGUGGUUAAAGCAGAAGUGAGAGAAGAGGCACUGAAACUAGCCCUUGAAUUGAAGGGAAAUAUAAAAGAAGACGAUAUUGAGAAUUCUUGGGAGGUUUUGGGGUUUUUGCUGCUUGUGGGUGCAUUUGGAUUGGUGGCUGAGUUUGAUGAGGAUGAGGUUUUGGAGCUUUUGAAAUAUAGUUUGCAUCGUAAAGAGACUCCGGAGUUGGUUCGGGCUCUUGGUUUUGCUAACAAGGCCCUUGAUUUUAUCCAAAAACUCCUUACAAAGAAUAAGCGACUCGAUGCUAUCAGAUUUAUAUAUGCAUUCGAAUUAGAUGACAAGUUCCCUCCAGGACCCCUGCUCAAAGCCCAUUUGAAGCAUUCCAAGAAGAAAAUAUGGAGGAGUAUCAGUAGAAACUAUGGUUCUAUACAACCUGACCAAAAGAAUGAGAUGGCAAAUAGAGAAAUAGCUGUUCUAAAAUCGAUGUUACGAUGCAUUGAUAAGUACAAUCUUGGAUCCCAUUAUGAUCCUAGGAACCUUGUAAAUCGCAUCGAGCUUCUGAAAAGGCAGAAUCAAGAGAGGAAGGCAAUGAAAGCAGCUUCUAAAUCCAAGGCUCAGGUGCAACAGAAGAACACAAAUAAACGUACUGCCAAUUACCACAAAGCUGGCCGGGAUCAGCAGAGCAGAUUUAAGCGUCCUCAGACAGAUGAAUCUCGUGCAUCUGUGAAUGCAGCUUUCUCAAUCCACUCAGUACAGCCAUCUUAUCCUCAGCGAGAAGGUUCUUUUGUGGGUCAAGGUGCAGAAUACUUAAACCCACCUGCUGGAAUGGCUGUGGCAGCAGCUAUUCCAAAUGUUUCCGUUGGUACGAUCCACUCGAGGCAACUAACUCAUUAUCAGCCAGAAAGCUCAUUCACAGCUCAAGAUUUACAAUACUUAACCCCAUCUGCUGGACAGUAUGGUUUGGCGCGCUCCUCCCCUGAUCCCACACGUGUGAGUUUAUCAGGUGCACCAUAUGGUUUCCCUUACUCCAGUCCUGUCCCCCAAUAUGCAAACUCGUCUGUUGGAUACAAUGGAAUGGUGGGCUCCCAAACUGGCACCCCAUGGAGCUCAUCAUCUGGUCAGUAUGGAGCAAAUAUUAUUGCAAAUGGGAGCACUGAGCAGAUUGGAUCAGCUGGAACCCAAAUAGCUGUAGGCAUUGCUUCUAAUUCACAUCCAGACAGAUCAAUUUCUUAUUACCCAGGGAAUCGACUUAGGAGCCCUAAUUAUCAUGAUGAUAGGUCAGUGUCUCAAACUCACAGUAGAGAUAAGCAGUCUCAGUGCCCACCACCAGCUAUUUAUCAUCUUUAGAUUUUGCUUUUUUUUUUUAAGUUACAUCAUAGUCAUUACUCUUACAGUUUUACUUUCAUUCUGUCUUCCCUCUCAAUGAAAUUUAGCUUGUCCAUGAAUGAACAUUUUUGUAUAUGGCUUGAAGAUAAAAAGAACUAUUGUUUCAGUUUA